GGAGCUCAGUCUACCUUGAAAUGUAACAUCGUGAACCAUCUUCUUGUGGAUAAUACAAUGUUGACGUUUGACAAAGUCGUCACACCCAACAGAGUCGUUCAAGGGAAGUGCUUUGGAAAGAAUGCUUCGAUGGCUGCUGCCUCUGGUGUUCUAGCAGAAGCAAGAGGCAGGAGGUGGACGCAGAUACUUCGUUGUUCCUGACUAGUGACAUAUCAAGAGUACUGGUAGGAAAGCGCCUCUUUGCUUAACGUCACUUCCAGUGCUGAACUUGAAUCUCUCUGGAAAGAACUGCAGCGCAUCCAAUCCCCAGUAGAUCCAUAUCCACGAAACAACAACACAUCCAACGACGGCACGUAUUCUACCUGUAAACAACAUUAUCUCUGCCUACCCGCAUCUUCCAAUUCCCAAACGGCUUUACAUUUAGGCUGAUUGCAUACGAUCACGCGAUACUGGAGGCUUUUCAACAAUUCUCCCCGGAACGCACCAAGCAAUACUUUGUCUCACACGACCAUGGGGUUCCCCUGGGGUAUCGUUGUGGUCCUGAAGCGCGACUGGACUCCCGUCAGUCGGAUUCGCAAAAGGUACGACUUUGACGGCUCAGGUCGCCUAUUCUUUCCAGAACUCAUCGUUAUGCGCAAAGACACCAUUGCCUGGCUUCCAAAACAAGAACCCUUCCGGAAACCCGGCGACUAUCGCGAAUGGGUCUGCAUCGCACUCUAUUACCCGUCUCUACCGGUUCUCUUGGAUGCAAAUGGAAGCGGGAGUAUUCACUGGGACUCAUUGGAGGACUACGAACACCCGUAUGAUGAGCGCCUAGUAGAAAUUCCGGUCUCUUAUCUCAGCGCUGAAGUCUUUAUUCUUCGAGAUUUUGUGCCUAGAGUGCCCGAAUACGAUGCUCUAGCUGCCCGAUAUCCUCCUGGAGAAGUAGGAAUCUUCUUGAAGGGCGACAUGGCCACGCACGAGGACUUCUCCAUGCACCCUCCCAUGAUUCUCACGGUCCGUGGCGCAGGCUGGACUGUCGAUGGACAGAGAAGACACUCCUUGUGA